AUGUUACGCCUGGCUCCCAAUCUUGUUCGAAGAACCUCAUCUAGAACCCCUGCACCCUCAUCCUCCUCUCUCAAUUUCUCAGUAUGUUUGUUGCUUCAAAACACUUUCCCUCAAUGCCAACAAGGAGACCACCCUUUCCAGAAACGUUAUUUUUCUUCGGGGUCGAAGGCGUCGAGCCCUAGCCUCUCCAUAUGGAGGCGCAGGAAAGAGAUGGGGAAGGAGGGUCUUAUCGCGGCUAAGGAGCUCAAGAGGCUCCGCUCCCAUCCUCUCCGCCUCGACCAGUUCAUACGCUCAAACGUGUCCCGCUUGCUCAAGUCCGAUCUUGUAGCUGUUCUCGCCGAGUUCCAGAGACAAGACCAGGUCUUUCUCUCCAUGAAGAUAUAUGAUGUGGUCCGUAAAGAAAUUUGGUAUCGACCAGACAUGUUCUUUUACAGGGACAUGCUUAUGAUGCUUGGAAGAAACAAAAAGGUAGAUGAAGCAAAGCAGGUUUGGGGAGAUCUGAAGAGAGAGGAAGUUCUGUUUGAUCAGCAUACUUUUGGGGAUAUUAUCAGGGCUUUUCUAGAUAAUGGAUUGCCCUCGGAGGCAAUGGAGAUAUAUGAUGAAAUGAGACAAUCUCCUGAUCCCCCAAUCUCACUGCCUUUUAGAGUAAUAUUGAAGGGGCUUCUUCCAUACCCAGAAUUGAGGGAGAAGGUGAAAGAUGACUUCUUGGAGCUAUUUCCUGAUAUGAUCAUCUAUGACCCACCCGAAGACUUAUUUGAAGAUCAAGAAUGUAAAAGAGAAAAUGAAGAUGAUUAG